AUGACUUUUGAGAAGCUUGUUCAAAAUCUAUCCAAGUUGAGAGAAGUCAACUUGAAUGGUGUAAACAUGUCUUUAGUUGCACCUAGUUCCUUGAUGAAUUUGUCAUCUUCUUUGGCAUCUCUCAAACUCGAGUACUGUGGUCUGCAAGGAAAAAUCCUAGACAACGUAUUUCAACAACCAAACCUCCAGUUGCUCGAUUUAUUGGGAAAUGAAGGUCUCAAUGGUUCCUUACCUAGGCAUAAUUGGAAUAAUUCUCUCCAGUCCUUGUCUCUUUCUAGAACAAAGAUUCAAAUACAUUUAGAACACGACUUUAUCAGUAAUUUAAAGUCUGUGGAAACUUUGGAUCUCAGUGCCUGCAACUUUGAAGGUUCAAAUUUGGAAUUGUUUGAUAAGUUGACCCAACUCAUUGAGUUGCGCCUCUCUCAUAAUAAUUUCAGUGGUCAAAUUCCAUCUUCACUUGAAAAUCUUAAGAAACUCUUGGAAUUAGACCUAUUUCAUAACAAUUUCAAUGAUCUUGGCAACAAUCGUAUAGAUGGCACAUGUCCUCAUUUUCUGGAAACUCUUCCUGAGUUGCAAGUUCUAGUGCUCCAAUCCAAUGAACUCCAUGGUAUGGUGAAAGGAUCCUCUACCAAUUACUCGUUCUCAAAGCUACAAAUUUUUGACCUCUCCAAUAACAUGCUUAGUGGGCCUUUACCUGCAGAGUAUUUCAAUAAUUUCAAAGCAAUGAUGAAUGUUGAUGUGAAAAUGAAAUACAUGGGUUCACCAAAUUAUAAUUAUGAUUAUUCAGCGAGUCUGACACUCAAAGGAUUGAAGAUUGAAUUGGUGAAAAUUCAAACACUUCUCACAACCAUUGAUUUGUCAAGAAACAAACUACGAUAA